UCUUCCUUCCCUCUACACCAGCUGGAUUCUCUCAGGAAAUUAAUACUUAACUGUGGUGCAGUAUAUCAAUUAAUUAAAUAAUAUAAAUCUGGUAACGUUUAACAUAAUGAAGAAGAAAAUGAGAGUUGUAGCUUUUAAUUUUGUUAUUCAUGUUUAAUUGAAUAAACUAAAAGUACGUCUUUCUACAUAUUCCGAUCGUGACGGAAAAUAAAUAGUGCACGGAACGGAUGUGACAUAGUUAUUUUUAGAUAUUUUUAGCAAAUAUAGAUAAGAUCUCAAUCAUUACCAGGCAGUUUCUUUAGUACCGCCUUGGGGUGAUGAUUUAUCUCUACAUUAUUUAGAGUGAAUUAAUUAUUAAUUUACUAACGGACAGAUACUAACGGACCACUAUGAAGAGACAGGACAAAAAGGAAUCCCGUAAGAGGGUUAUCUUUCGAUGUGACAUUUGCGAUGAAGAUAUUCCUCGUGUCCAUAAACAGAAGCACAUCCGUGCUCACUUUGCCACAAACCGGCGUCCACGCAAGUGCAAAUUGUGUGGUAAAAAUUUCGCAUGCCCGGUCACUUUGGAAACUCAUGUUAGAAGUCACACGAAAGAAAUGUUGUACAGUUGCGAUACUUGUGGGAAGGAGUUUACUCAAAAAAGCAAUUGGAAGACGCAUGAAAAGCAGGUCCACCACGUCCCCGCUGAUAUGAUUCAGUGUGGAAUCUGUUACACUAAAGUGAAGAAAUCCACCGGGCUUGAACGCCACGCAAUUUUUUGCGGGAAGGAAUCAGACUACUAUUCGGUGAAGGAAGUUCUAAAUCCUGACAAAAAUCCGAACGCAAGGAAGAAAACUGACACCAUUUGGCAAUGUAAUCUGUGCCCCGAUAAACCCAAGAGGAGGAAGGAAUACAUCGAAGAACACGUGAUCCGAAGCCAUCUUAAAGUCAAGUUGUACUCUUGCUACUUUUGCAAUAUGAAAUUCGUGCAUAGAACAGAGCUACAACUGCACUUGAGGUCGCAUACGUGCGAAAAACCUUUCACGUGCAAAACAUGUGGGAAGGGAUUUUCCCAAUCGCCACAUUAUCAAAUCCAUCUGGCGUCACAUUCGGAGGACAGGGCGUUUAAGUGUGGCCUCUGCCCGAAAACUUGCAAGACGUUGGCUGCCCUGAAGAUCCACGCUGCUCUCCACACGCAGGAGAAGCAUUUCAAGUGUACCGUUCCAGAUUGUGGGAAAGACUUCCACUGUUCCAGAUCGCUUGCACGACAUAUCGGUCGCGACCACUUGAAACGUUUCCCUUUCUCAUGUGAGGUAAAAGGAUGUCGAAAGGCUUGCAUGAGUCGACAGGAACUAAAAAUACAUCACAUUCACUCUCACACUGAUGAGAAGCCGUUCCGUUGCAACCUUUGCAACGUGGGUUAUAAAACGAAUGGCAAAUUGUUGGAACAUCGGAGGAAAAAUCAACGCCAUAGAAAAUUGGAGGAAGAAAGUUCUACACUUUAAAUAAUCCGGUAACAGUGGAAUUUCCUGCUGGUGAAUAUACAUAUUUAUGUAUGCAUACCUGUCCAAUUUCAUUCAUGUGACUGAUUUAUAAUCAUCAAAAUGCAUUUUCUGCGAUUUGAAUGUAUUUAAAUGAAUGAAAUAUUCAGUAAUUUCAGAUGAGUCAGUGUGAAUCAAAGGAUUUCUCACUUACCUAUUUAUGUAUGAUAUGUUGAGCACUAUUAUGAAUUUAAAAAAACGCUUUUGUACCACCUCAAUAAUUGGAGUCUAUGGAAAUAUUGAGAUCCUUCAUGCGAAAGUUGAUAUGAAAAAUAAAGCCGUUUAUAAAAUGAA